CGUCAUUCAAGCGAUCUGGGCACAAUCGCGAGAAGGAAAAGGAAUUUUGUGGUAUUUUUGGGAUUGUUUUUGUACAUUUCUGGUAUUUUUAGAGUGUUAGGGUCUAACUAAUUCAUAAAGAUGGCUGAUGCUCCACCCCCGCCAUACCCUGGUUCAGAGAAUGAAAAAGGAGGGCCCCCUUUAGACCAGCAUCAAGCUCCUGUAUAUUACCCAGGAGGUUAUCCACCACAAGGUUAUCCACCACAACAGGGAGGCUACCCAGGCGGACCACCACCACAACAGGGAGGCUACCCCGGCGGACCACCGCCCCAACAGGGCUACCCAGCCCCGCAACAAGGAGGGUAUCCUGGAGGACCACCCCCACAGGGUUACCCCCAAGGAGGGCCACCACCUGCAACUUACCAGCCUCAAGGCUAUGCUGGUGGACAACCUGGGACGACAGUUGUUGUCGCGCAGCAGCCUACAGCGCAGGUCGUCGUGCAGCAGUUCCGUGAAACUUCGGUCCAAACAGUUUGCCCUCAUUGUCAGGCCAACAUUAUGACGGCAACGGUUUACGAGUCGGGAUCCAUGGCCUGGCUCAUUUGCUGCAUCCUCUUCUGGAUUGGAUGUGAUCUUGGAUGUUGCUUGAUCCCCUUCUGUGUUGAUGGAGCCAAGGAUGUGAUUCAUUCCUGCCCAAACUGUCACCAAACUAUAUCUCGCUGGAGCCGUUUAUAAGGUGGCCUAGCCGCGAGCGUUGAGAUGCUUCGAGUCGUCGUGGAAUCAAACACGGUUAUUUUGGAAAUGUAAUGAGUGAUUAUUUUACCGAAGAAAUAAUUUCUGGUAAAAACUACUACACAAAUCCUAGAUUGAUGAAAUAUGAUAUGAGAUAUUGAGUGCAAUUUUGGCAAUUUUGCACCUUGAUGGCAACAGUGGCAAUUUUGCACAUUAAAGGCACUGCUGAACAGGUGCAGUACAUCUGUAAUAAGCACUAAUGGCAAUGCAUUGGGUGUGCAAUGAAUACAUCUUUUGUGACCUUUGUACACCAGAUUUAAAUCAUUGUACACUAAGAUCUGAUAGAAUUGGCACUAGAAUACUUGAAAAUAAUGCAGUCAGUAAUCAAGAAAAUAUUCCAGUGUUUUAAAAAAUACACUAAUACACAUUUUGUUGCAAUUAAUCAUCAUCAUUAUUAUUGUACCAAUCAUCAAUUGAAGUCGUCUAGGAUUUGUCUACUGGUAUUGAGUUGACAAUAAUUUUUGAUGGAUAUAACCUUUUCACCCUCGCAUUCCUGACUGGACUCUUCCUUUGCACUAACUAGAAGAGUCCACACAGGGAAAUUUGGGGGAAAGGUUAAUAAUGAUACAAAUGGUGAUCUGAUUCAAGUGAUAUCUGAAAGACAUCUAGUUCAUAUUCCACAAUGUGAACAACAGUAUCUGUGUUUGUACAAAAAUUAGCAGGUGGGCGCAAGUGUUGUGACGUCGAUGCCACUUCGCUAGUGUUCAUACUAUCCAGUAUCAUCAAUAUCUCUCCGUGUGAAUUUAGAAACGAAAAAGAGUUGUUAGUAGGCUGGGGUUAGUUUGUGGCCUUUUGUUUGAUUUAUAAUAUAUUUGAUCCCCAGCAUCAUUCAGGCACGAGAGUCUUCAGGCUAUAGACUGAAUUUAGACUUUUAGUCAUAAUUACCUAAUGCAUAAUUCCAUUAGGUACUGUAAUUUCAGGCUUAAAAAGUGGUUUCAGGAUUUCAGGAUCUAAGUACUCUCGUGCCUGCAUCAUAACAUAUUAUGUACAGGCCAUUGUAAUCACUCUAAUGAAAUUUUGAUAUGUAUAGAAAUAGUUAUAAAAUACAUUGAUGACUAAAAGCAAGUGUUCACCCGUUUGAUACUUGUCGAUAUAUUGGUAGUGUACUGCAUGAUUCUUUUCUAAUGCCUGGAUAGGCUGUAUCAUAUAUGUUACUUACAGUGUAUUAACUCUCAAUUGUAGAACCUCUCUAUUAAGUACACCUUCGGGACUGACAAAUGCUGUCCUUAAUAGAGUGGUGUCCUGAUAUGAGAGGUCAAAUUGAAUGAAAACAACCAAUUUGGGUCCACAACCAGUGUCCUUAAUAGAGAGGUUGUCCUUGAUAGAGAGGUGUCCGCUAAGGGAGGUUCUACUGUAUAUGUCUAAUUGUACCCCGACUGAAAUUCAUAGGGGUUUAGGAAUAACGGCUGUAUACUUAUUCAAACUUAGAAGAGAAUUUCAAUCAUUUGUCUUCUUUUGAAAUUAGACAAUAAUUUCGCCUCUUCAAGUUCGAUGAAGGACCUCCCAUGCUUCAGCAUGUUCUGUGAAAGUGGUAUAACACUAUUGCGGCUGAAAGGCAAUAAACAAAGUUAUAUGAACUACGAACAAGUGUUGUCCUUAUUAGGAUAUGUCCUGAUUACAGAGGUCAAAUUGUAUUGUAUUAAAACGACAAAUUUGGGACAAAAAUCACUGUCCCUGCUGAAGAGGUUCUCCUGCUUAAACGGAGCUGUCCGCUAAGGGAAGUUUCCCUGAAAAUAUAAUAUCACCGAUUCCUCCACCAGACCUUCAUUGGGGAUGACAAGUCAUAAAACAUGAUAUUAGUAUGUUUGAAAAAAAUAUGAGGGCAUUAUUCAGUGUCACAGUCUUGGUAAUUGAUCAUUGAGUUGAUUUUUUCAUGAGGUUCUGAUAAAAAAAUCUAGGAUUUUUCAAAAGAAGUACGGAUUGCUUAUUGACAACUUUUCACCUGGUUGUAAUUCUUUUGUCAAAAGAUUGCAAUUAGAGAAAAAUGUGCUCAUUUAAAAAUAUUGGUCUUGUUGGUAUUGUACAUGCAUGUCUAUGAAUGUUGACAAAAUGUGCUUGAUGAGGCUUUUGUUUUGAUUUUCCAUGUAGUCUCAUUGGAGUGGAUUGUGUUUUCUCAUUCUGUUCAAGGCGUUGGUCACAGGAUAUCUAUAUUUGUCAUGGCCUAGUUUUGAUUGAGGUUUAAGUUUAAUGGCAGCUGUUUGCCGAGAGCCCUUUUAGAGUAGAAAUUAAAGACUGCUUGGGUAGAGGUUAGGAUACAGGGCACUCUUUGGUCCAGUUAAGCCUUUUAGGGGCAAAACCUUGGGCGAUGUUGAGUUUGUUUUCGUCCGUAAUUCUUUUUCUUCUCAGUUCCGUGACCUGGUGGCAGAGUUGGCAUGGACAUGUCCAGUUGACGGAGUGAUUGAGUGAGUGGCUUCCUUGAGCUAUAUUGAAACUGUGUUAUGUAUCAAGUUAUACUUGUAUAAAUGACCACACUGUACGGGUGAGUUGUAUAGUUACUUGAUUAGUUUGGAAGUUAAGGGAUCGAGAUUGUUCAUUAAUAACUUACUGAUUUCAUAAUUUUUUCCCCCAAAACAAAGAGCUUUGCGCAGCAAACUUACAUUUUUGAUAGGGGUGAUCUGAUCUUGCAAUUAAAAAAUUUUUUUAUUAGUUUCCGGUACACUAUUUUUUCUUAAAAUCGUUGUGGCUGGAACAAUCAUGAUUUUUGGUAAUCUUGUAAUAUAUUUUAUGCAUUUAGUUUUUUUAAAUCACCAAGAUUAGUCUCACAUGUGCUUGUACCGCUACUGCAAAGCAUUGCGGUAUAAAAUUUGUGUUCACUGUAUAAUGCGUGGCCUCAUAUUUGAUGACGACGCAGCGAAUUGUACCGUUUUUUUGUUACAUUCUGUAGGAGGAAAGGAAUUCUCUUUGCAUACACAACUGAAUUGUUCAACUGAGGUGAUGUUUCAAUGUAUCAUGUCUAUGGUGAAAGAAACUGCAGCUUUCGAAACAUCUCAUAUACGGAAAUCCACUCAGUGGUGUAUGUACAAAGAAAACUCCACACCUAUUGUUUAAACCACUGAACAAAUUUCCAGGCCCCAGUUGUUUAAAACAAGGUAAGUUCAGUCACACUCACUGGCAUUAUCACCAAUUAGACAUAAGGGUAAUGUCAAGUUGAAGCUAACACCAACUGAGUGACGAACCUUCUUGAACAACUAGGCCCUACCGAUACAUAUUAUAAUCAAGUUGUGUUUCGAUCAAAUUUCACUACACGUACAUGCAAUUCUGGGUUUCUUACCGUUGUGUCAAUCAUGUAUGUACAGUCAGCACCUGAUUUAUGUCUCUGAUAUACUGUCUUCCUUUAUAAACUUCUCUCUGGUUUUGUGACCGUCUCAAUUUUCAUAAACUUUCUUAACUCUUUCCCUGCCACAGCUAUUUUUAAUUAAUAUCCCCCAGUUUGCCACGAUUUCACUAUUUUUACCAGAUUUUCAAUAAUUUAAAAAAAACAACAAGAAGACAUAUAUCCUUGAAACCUGUUUGAUUUUCUUUGUUUCAGCUUACUCUUUCACCUACAAAUUAGUUGUACUGCUUUUUUCCAUGGUAGUCAUUGAAACAAUCACCUUUGCAGAGGGGUACUUUGCAGGUUUUGCUUCUAUCAGCAGGAAACAUGUGGUUUUUCCCGCCAGUUUCACUUGAUGAAGUAACGAAAUGCAUGCAUAGAAUGAGCAGACCAUCGUCUGCAUGGAAGCCUAACACAUCAAACCAUUUCCAGGUUCAGUACCGACAUGACCUCUGGUGUUAUGACGGAGAACUAAUAAUAUCGUUCUGGAACGAGUUUGGCAGGAAACGGGUGGGAAGUUGCAGUCGUUCUAGAACGAGUUUGGCAGGCAAAGAGUUAACUUCUAGCGUGCCAGAAUUAAAGAAACAAACAUCUGUUCCCUUUUUUUUCGCCCCAGAUGAACAGUAUUUGUUUUUUUGGCAUCCGAAUAAUUUCGACAUGCUCCCUCGACAAUAAAGACAGGUUUAGUUUUAAAUCUUGAGGCAAGAAGGUCAUGGUACAUGAAGGUAAUGUCAAAUAACUUCUCAGACUGGUGAACCAACCAGACGUUGCCUUGUACACUGUACCAUUUUAGGGUCGGAGACUUUGUAGAAUAGGAGUAGUGUUUUGCUGAUGUAAUUGGUUAAGGAUUACUGCCUCCCUUAUAAUGCAGAGAAGACCAAGAUAACUAAGAAUGUGGAAACAAUACUACAACACCUCAUCUAGCAUUAGGCACCAAAUUUUGACAUAGUGGGGUUUUACAUAAUGGCUGCUGUUUAAUGAUGACUAUGGCAGCUAUUGGCUGGGUGUUGCUUGAUUUCUGUCACAAAGUACAUGCUUCAAAUAGGGCUCAUUAGGCUUAUAAAUCGGGAAAAAUCUGGUGACCUGUUUGAAAUUUUAAUUCCUUUAUAUCUGAAGUUCCAAAUUCGAAGCUCCAAAUUCUUAGUCUUGAUCUGGUCGUGUUGAUAUUAUUGUAACCUGAAGUGAAUAUUUGAUUCUCUCUGUGCUGGAUUAUUGCAAGAUAUAUAUGUGAUACUGCUUUUCACUGGAUUCUUUUAACGGAGUGUUGAUAUUUGUCUCAUUUGGCAUGUUUGAAUGAGAAAUGUACAUGUGUUCCGGAUUAGAUUUUGUCUGUAUAUUGUACCAUAACCCACAUCUGAAAUGGUAGUUCUCAUAUCAAGAAGGAACCCUAACUGGUCUGGUGUCCAUCAUGAGUGGUUAGCCGCUGUAUCCUGCUGAUUUGGUCAUUACAGUCUCUAAUAGCAGCUUGGGCACCAAGAGUGAUGGGAUAGCUUUGUCCAGACUAUAACUUGUCCUUUGGGGAUCCUUGACUGACUGAUUACUACUUAUAGUGUACAAUACCUUUUUUGCCUCAUGUUUCCUGCUUUAAAACAAUCAAAGUUCCUGGUGAAGUUCCUAUUUCGGACCUUUCUAGUCAGUCUAUGUUAAAUUGAACUGCAACUCUAAGAACAAAAAAUACGGAGAAAUUACAUUUCAGUCAAGACAUGUUACAAAACUGGCAGAGAAUCAGUUAAUUAUUUCAGUUCAACAGCAAGAUUGAGAUCCGCAACGAAUUAUGUAUGAACAUGUCUUAAAUGUGAGCAUCAAAAUGCAUGUUAAAUUGGCUGUGAAUGCAUCAUAUUGAAGCUGGUUGUGUAUAUUAAGAGUCUGUGCAGAUGACGUUUAGGGUCACAGAAAAGUGUGCCAACUUGACUGUCGAAUUGUUGUCAAGUUAUAUUUUUGAUCCAUGUGGCACACUUGGUCAUUGUGGUGAAGUGCAUUGUGGUUUCGUGACGAUGACGUGGUCCAAACUUGGUACCAUUCCUUGUCCAAGUUAUCAUGGUGGAUUACCAAUCCAAAUGGACAUCUCUGCACAGGAUCUAGCAUCCAAACAAGUUGUGAAUAUCAGCCUUGCUGUCGAAAAUGGUGAUACUAUGUGUGCUGUCGGUAAAACUCCACAUCAAAGGGACAAUAUAGGCAGCAGCUAGGCAGGCAAGAUAAAGUUACACAUAUUCGCCAAUAGGGGUCUUUCACAUCUCACAGUACGUCGAGAUGAUUCACGCUUGUGCGAGGAAUACAUUUAUUGCUGAAUCUGACAUGACCCAGGGCCCAUACUGUGUAUAUUAGUCACCUGAAGAUGGCCAAAUUAGCCCCUCUGCUCCUGCCUAUAGCCCCCCUUUGAGGGCACCACAUCAACAGAGGAUGGAAAAAGAAAAAACAAUUACCCAUGUCACUGUCAAACAUAGGGUGGCCUGAUCAACGAGGCUGUACUUCUUAAUAUGUACAUGUAAUGCCUGUAAUUCAUAUCACUAGUUUUGCCUGAAGUAUAUCGUACUACGUUUAAAACGAUGUGUUGCACGUGUUUUUAAUUGCGGAGAUUUUCAUUUCCUCGCUGUCAUUUGUCUGUUGUAUUCUACUGUACAUGUACUUGCAACAACAGGUUGCUUUGUUGAAAAAAAAGAUUGGAUUUAAAUUGUAUUUUUUGUGAAAGGUCAUGCUUUCUAUUUGUGCACAAGACCCUCAUUUUGAAAGCCCUCCUGCUCCCCAACAUACAGUGGGCACGAAGUAAUUAUUCAAUAUUACCAUAUGAGGGAUGAAUGACAAGCCCCCAACCAGAGGUGUGUGAGAACUCUCUGUGUAUCAAUAAAAGCAUGGCCACUUCUUAAUCGCCCUUUCAUAUUCCACUUAAUACUACUGUAGUGCUAUGCUAGUCAGUGUUAAAACACUGCGCAAUAAACAUAGAUGAUUAUGGUA